UCUCCCUUAUUUAGCCAUCAUAUAGCUUUUGCUUCCACCAAAGCCCAAAACAACCAUCAAUGGAGUUGGAAAAGAAGAAGUGGGGAUUCCAAGGGAACACAGAGCUCAACUCAGCUUCCAUCUCCGUUCGUGGAGUUAUGAACAUGCUGAUGGGGAACAUUAGCAAAGACGACAACCGCCCUAUCAUUCCGCUUGCCCGCACCGACCCUUCUACGUUUGCAUGCUUCCGGACCACGGCGGUUGCCCCAGACGCCGUUGCCAAAGCCGUGCAAUCGUUUGAGUUCAACUGUUAUGCUCCCUCCCUCGGUGUAGCUUCGGCGAAGAGGGCUAUUGCUGAACAUCUAUCAAAAGGCCUCUCCUACCAACUAUCUCCAGACCAUGUUUGUAUUACAGCUGGUUGCACACAAGCAAUAGAAAUCAUAUUAUCAGUUCUCGCUUGUCCUGGAGCUAACAUUCUGCUUCCUAGACCUGGUUACCCACAAUAUGAAGCUCGAGCAGCUUUUAGCAAACUCGAAGCUCGCCAUUUCGAUCUCCUACCGGAAAAGGCUUGGGAAGUCGAUCUCGAUGCUGUUGAAGCUCUUGCUGAUCAUAACACUGUUGCCAUGGUCAUAAUUAACCCCACAAAUCCUUGUGGAAGUGUCUUCACUUUUCAACAUUUAAAAAAGAUUGCUGAGACUGCAAAAAAACUUGGGAUUUUUGUGAUCUCCGAUGAAGUUUAUGCUGGUCAAGCUUUUGGAAGCAAUCCAUUUGUAGCCAUGGCAGAAUUUGCAUCAAUUGUGCCUGUUAUGACACUAGGAUCUUUGUCAAAACAAUGGGUUGUUCCUGGUUGGAGAAUUGGUUGGAUUGUGGCAUCUGACCCAAAUGGCAUACUUCAACAAUCUGGGGUUAUGGAAUGCAUUACGAGCUAUGUUGAGAUGUCCUCCGAUCCCCCAACAUUUCUUCAGGUGGCCCUUCCUCAAAUCCUCGGGAAAACAAGAAGUGGAUUUUUUUCAAAUAUUCUUAAUAUAUUGAGAGAAGAUGCACAAAUUUGUUAUGAUGGAAUUAAGGAAAUUGGUUGCCUUACUUGCCCACACCAACCAGAAGGAUCAAUGACAGUUAUGGUAAAGCUGAAUUUAUCCCUUCUUGAAGGCAUUAGUGAUGAUAUGGACUUUUGCCUCAAGCUAGCUAAAGAGGAAUCUGUAACUGUUCUUCCAGGUUUUGUUGUUGGGCUUAAAAAUUGGCUCCGAAUAACUUUUGCCAUUGAUCCUUCUUCCCUUGAUGAUGGACUUAAGAGGAUAAAAGCCUUCUAUGAAAGGCAUGCUAAGAAGCUCUAACAAUAUUUUACAAGAAAAAUAAAUCAUGAUGAAUUUAAAUUCAUGUUAAAUCUAUAUAUGCAUGGGCGUUUCAAUACUGUUGUUGUUGGUAUUAUUAUUAUUAUUG